ACCAGGGAGCCAGGCCACAUAAUUAUAAAGCCAUCAUUAAUUAAUUUAAGAGAUGUCGUCGAUGAGUUCAAUAAUAUCAACGUCCCACCUUCAGCUCCAGGAGGACAAUGUGGUGUGAGGAAAGAUGGGCGUCGUUGUUCUUAAAUUGACCUGCAUGUGCUUGCUUAUUCUUCAUCAUUUCGCAUCAGUUAGUGGAUAUUGCCUUGACAAUGUUGCCAGAGGAAAACCUGCUGUACAAAGUUCUAUAGGGUAUAGUGCAAGUCCAGGUCGAGCAGUAGACGGAAACGGAGAUCUUCACUGGGGAGGUUCAUCGUGUACGUACAGCCCCGGAACCAGUAGUCAUCCACUGCCGUGGUGGCGGGUGGAUCUGCAGAAGGUCGUUAACGUUGAGGCGGUCACCAUCGUUAACAGAGGAUUCAGCGAAUUGGCCUGGCGUCUACACAACUUUGACGUUGAAGUAUUCUCAGUUGAUCCAGUUGUAAACCCUGGAGAGAACAGUCAGAUGUGUUUUUCCUUCUUUGGGGAAUUUGGGAGUGCAGUUACAGAAACUCUUAGAUGCAUGUAUCCCGUUGAGGGGCGCUAUGUCCGGAUAAAGAAGAGGCAACAUCUGAAUAGUGAGGACAGGCUAACUCUGUGUGAAGUGGCAGUCCACCCAAAGAUAUAUGAAAAUAACUGCAGCUUCAGUCAGAGGUCCCCGUCCACAUUUGUGCCCUACACAGAGAUGUAUCACACGACCAGACCAAGGCAUGAAAUCACCGGUAGCUUGAAGACCUGCAUGAUUGAAUGUAAACGGAUGUGGGCAUGUGAUGGCUUUAACUUUAAUAUCCUGGACAGCAACAAUAGUAAUGGAACAUGUGAGUUUGUGUCUGUGUCACUGGCAAAACUGUACAACAAACCGGGAUGGACAUUUUACAAGGCCAUGUGUUAAGAAACUCCAGCAAAACAUGUAUAGGAAAUAGUAUGUCGGCAGGGUUGCUCAACCCUAGCUUGACAUGUGUCAAAGACAAAGUUGCUUUUAUCGGUUAUGUUGAGGUUUAUGAAAACAGCAUACAUAUCUUUUAGAUACUGUUAGAACUUGAGCACAUGGAGUAACAGUGGGGGUAGCUUGGAUGGACAAAUCACUCAUCUUUGUAUUGGUACAAUCUGAAGCGUUCCUGCAAAUUUGAAAGUUAGGAAAUUUUAAUAAGGAACUUGAAGGCAAAAAGUGAUCUUCUCGAAAACUAAUAUUGCUUUAACAAAUACCCUGAGACAUGUUUUUCUUUUUCAUGCUACGUAUGAAGGCAUACACAAUCAUGCAGCCCACAUAUACAGCGACAAAGUUAAAGUGGUCACAAGUGCACAAACGUACCGUCACCAACACAGUAGUAUGCACACAAAUGAAGGUUAUAUAUUAUGUUAACAGUUACUACUUUUUCUCAGUUGGUUUGAAUUCGAAUAAAAGUACAAGUUCACAAAAGAUUCUUGAAAACUCUUGACACUGAUGUUAAAAAUGUAAUUCACAAGGAGGGUAACUUGGAUGGAGACAUCACACAGCUUUGUAUUGAUACGAUCUGAAGCAUUUCUGCAAAUUGUAAAAUUAGGAAAUGUUGAUAAGGAGGCUUUUUUAACAGAGCACUUGAAGGCAAAAAAGUGUUCUUCUCGAAAACUAAUAUUGCUUUAACAAAUACCCUGUGACAUGUUUUACUUUUUUAUGCUACGUAUGAAGGCAUACACAAUGAUGCAGCCCACAUAUACAGCGAUAAAGUUAAAGUGGUCACAAGUGCAGAAACGUACCGUCACCAACACAGUAGUAUGCACACAAAUCAAUUCACAGAACUGACUCAUUCAGGCACGUUUAUAACGAAUGACAAACCGCUGAAGAGGACACAAGUGCACAGACCUACCUGCACAAACACAGUUGUAUGCACACACGCAAUUUACGAUAUAUAAGCAUCAGUGUAUGCAUUGCCUUCUUCCUUGGAAAGGGGGUAACUGAUUUUUGUUAAACGUGGCUCAUCACCACGUUUCUUCUCUCAACGUGAUAACUUAUGUAUGUCCUCUCUGUAUCAAGCUUGCUUUCUAUUGUAAUAAUACUUUUUACAUGGGAAGUUUUCGAUAGCACUAGGUGUUAUCACAGAAUUCACUGGACUAUUCAUAUCAUUUUCACAUUUGUUUUGCCCUUUACACCAAAUUGAAUCUUGUUCGGUCGACAAUCAAGAAUGGUCAUUCGCUUGCAUUGACGUUAAUUAUAUAUUUAUGUUAACAGUUACUACUUUUUCUCAGUUGGUUUGAAUUCGAAUAAAAGUACAAGUUCACAAAGAUUCUUGAUAACUCUUGACACUGAUGUUAAAAAUGUAAAUCACAAUGUAUAUAUAUAUAUAUUUAAGAAUUGACUUGAACUUUGUGUGAGUUCAUUGGAGUAUGAACCUUCAUAGAGUGAGGGUCAAACUGUAUGAACGUCAAAGAGAGAGGUGACAUGAGCGUAUCUAUGCAUAAUUUGCCCUUGAGAAACAUCUGACACAACAUAUGUCGUCAAAUAAUGUCACCAUUUGACGAGAAAGGUCGGUGAAGAACUACCUCAGUAAGUCAGUCACAAUGACAGCUUGAGGUAAUACAUUUACAUCAAGUACAAGACGUCAAAAUGGCCGACACGAUAAACUUGUAAGGAGAGAUUUCAGAAGUUGUCAAUUAACCUGUGGCGUGUACAUGUGUUUUAGUCAUCAUUGAUUGAUUGGCCGAUCAUUGAAAGGUGAUUAAAGAUGUGUCAAAUAGAUACAAGGGUAAAUUCAUAGAUUGCUGUGGACUGCUGUCACUGUCAGCCAAGACACGGAUUGAGUCGAUACUACGAUAGUUUGGAUGUGCAUUUCUUCGUUUUGUUCACUUGGAUGGGUCGUAGCGAGGAUAUUCGUGAACGAUCAUGCAGUCAUUUUCUCUCAAUU